AUGGCUGACAAGGACGUCAAGAACAAACGUUUGGGUAGAGGUCUGGCUGCUCUGAUCGGAGACUCGGCUCCUGAAGCUGUGGCAACCCCGGAGAAAGUCGUUCGGGACAGCCGCAGGGUUCCUAUCGAACACCUUGAGCCGAAUCCUCGCAAUCCACGCAAGACCUUUACGGAGAAGGAUCUUGGCGACCUCGCGGAAUCGCUGAAAGCGAAGGGAAUCGUUCAACCGAUCCUGGUGCGCCCGGCAGCAGGAAAAACCAACCGCUUCGAGAUUAUUGCCGGCGAGCGACGCUGGAGGGCCGCGCAGCGGGCGGGGCUGCAUGAAGCCCCGAUUAUCAUUCGCGACGUUACCGAUCAGGAAGCGCUCGAACUUGCGAUUAUCGAGAACGUGCAGCGUGCUGACCUCAAUCCGAUCGAAGAAGCAAUGGGUUACGAUCAGCUGACCGCUGAGUUCAAGUAUAGUCAGGGCGAACUGGCGAAGGUUAUCGGCAAGAGCCGCAGCCAUGUCGCCAACACGAUGCGGCUUCUGAAACUUCCGAAUUCUGUCAAGGAUUACCUCGCCGAAGGCCUGCUGACGGCUGGCCAUGCGCGUGCGCUGAUUACUGUUGAUGAUCCGGCCGCGCUCGCCGAACUGAUUGUUGAGAAGGGCCUGACCGUUCGGGAUGCUGAAAAGAUUUCACAGGACCCGGCAGCCCUUGCGAAGCUGAAGGGUGAAAAAGCCCCAAGCGAAAAGCCCCAGAAGGAUGCGGACACCAAGGCGCUGGAAAAACGCUUGACCGACACCUUGGGCCUGAAGGUGGUUGUUGGACACAAACCGGGAAAAGAUUCCGGAGAUCUCAAAAUCAAGUACACCUCAUUGGAGCAGCUUGACGAGAUCUGCAGGAAACUUGGUGUCGAAACACGCUAA